GUGUACGGAAGCCAUAAGAAUUCUUUCAUUUUCAUGGUGUGCGAUGUUCCGUCUAUGUAUUUUUAAGUUUAUGCCAUGUAAACUCGUGAGCACGCCAUUUCGGAAGUAGAAAUUCACAAGCGGUUGACAUUCGUGAAUUGCAUUAUUAUUUUAAUAUCGUAUAUUUCUUUGGGUGAAGUAAUCGUAAAAGAUGGGGGAAGAUUUUAACGGAGAUCGCGAUAGACAAGACCGGGAUAAAGACAGAGAUCGCGAUAGAGAUCGUGACAGAAGGCACCGAUCACGCAGCAGAGAUCGCAGAAAGCGGUCCCGUUCUCGCUCCAAAGAUCGCAGAGAUAGAAAAAGAAGUAGCUCACCAAAGAAAAGUCGUAGCUCUAGAAGAAGAAAACCAUCUCUAUACUGGGAUGUGCCUCCACCUGGCUUUGAGCAUAUUACUCCUUUGCAGUACAAAGCUAUGCAAGCUGCCGGACAGAUACCUGCCAAUAUAGUAGCAGACACACCCCAAGCAGCUGUGCCUGUAGUUGGUAGUACUAUUACACGUCAGGCAAGAAGACUCUACGUAGGGAACAUUCCAUUCGGUGUCACCGAGGAAGAAAUGAUGGAAUUCUUCAAUCAACAGAUGCAUCUGUCUGGACUGGCGCAAGCCGCUGGAAAUCCAGUAUUGGCGUGUCAAAUUAAUUUAGACAAAAAUUUCGCAUUCUUGGAGUUCCGAUCAAUAGACGAAACCACGCAAGCUAUGGCGUUCGAUGGUAUAAAUUUUAAAGGGCAAAGUUUAAAGAUAAGGAGACCGCACGAUUAUCAGCCAAUGCCGGGGAUGACGGAUAAUCCCAGUAUGAACGUGCCAGGUACGGUUCCUGAUUCGCCGCACAAGAUUUUCAUUGGUGGUUUACCAAAUUAUUUGAACGAGGAACAGGUGAAGACGGGUGUGCACGGAGUUUCUACCGAGGAAAAAGUGAAAGAGUUAUUGAUGAGCUUUGGACAGCUGAGGGCGUUCAAUCUAGUAAAGGAUUCUGCAACCGGUCUCUCCAAAGGAUAUGCGUUUUGUGAAUAUGUGGAUGUCUCGAUGACCGACCAGGCGAUCGCCGGAUUGAAUGGGAUGCAACUGGGCGACAAGAAACUAAUUGUGCAACGCGCUAGCGUGGGUGCCAAGAAUCCUAUGAUAGGCGCACAAGCUCCAGUACAAAUUCAAGUGCCUGGUUUGUCGAUGGUUGGCACGAGCGGACCCGCGACCGAAGUACUUUGUUUGCUCAAUAUGGUCACGCCGGAAGAAUUAAUGGAGGAAGAAGAAUAUGAGGAUAUCCUUGAAGACAUUAAAGAGGAAUGUAACAAAUAUGGCGUAGUGCGAUCCGUGGAAAUUCCAAGACCCAUUGAGGGUGUCGAUGUACCUGGAUGCGGCAAGGUAUUUGUCGAAUUCAACAGCGUCAUUGACUGCCAAAAGGCGCAGCAAACUCUCACAGGACGCAAAUUUAAUAAUCGCGUUGUAGUUACAUCAUACUUCGAUCCUGACAAGUAUCAUCGUAGAGAAUUCUAGAUUGUAGGCUUCUCUUUUCAUACCAUUUAAUAAUUAUGAAUAUAUAUAUAUGUAUAUAAUGUAUAUAUAUGUAUAUGUAUACAUUAUAUAUAUAUAUUAGAUAUAUAUAAUAUUAAAUAUAUAUUAUAUACACACUAUGUAUUGUACAUCAAUGUAUAAUCUAAAGGUACUCGAAACUUAUCAAUUUAUCAAUUAAUAAGCAACAAUGUAAAACAAAUUACUGCAUAAAAGUCAUUGAACUUUGCAUAUCUUGCAUCUGAAAAUAUCGAUAUGCAAUCGAUCAGCCACAUUUUAACAUAAACAUGUGUAAUCAUUACAUUUGGUCAUUAAUAUAAAGUGGACAAUGGUAUUGAACGAUUUAAUAUUACCUGCUAGAAAAUUAAGUGAUUAAUUAAAUAAUUUUGCAAAAUCAGGAUACAUUAUGCAAAAGUAAUAAAGUGAAAAAAAACUA